CCUCGUCGCGACUAAUUCAAGGUCAAUCGCCCGAAUCGCCGAGACCGGCCAACCCUCGGCCAUUGGUUCGCCGGUCGUCGUGUUUUCCUACUAGCGAAAUUUGCGCACGACUGAACCCGACCGUCCCCUACCAUGUUUUCGUGAAGCAGAGUCGAAAACAGGAGUGUGGAGUGUGGAACUGAGGACGAUGGAGUGAAUGAGUGAGUGACAACUGCAAUCCUCAAAUCUCAAUAGUCAAUUUACACGGUUAAUGGUUUACCACCAUGCACCGAGUUCUCACCUCGCCACCACAACUCGGUCACCGAACUGGUAUUUCGUAGUAUAAGUACGACCGGACCGGCAUGCUUGACCGUUAGUUGUUACUCGAUCGUCGCUCUAUUGUCUAGCGCUCCGUCGACGUUCGGAACGAACAGCAACGUGGCGUAUUCACGAUACAUAAUUUACCAAGUUUUCUAACAUUUUCGUGGCUACGCCGGACGCCUGAAGAACUCCUUUUCGUCUUCGUUCGUCAUUCCAUUUGAAUUGUCAUGGAUAAAGUCGUGACAUGUGUAGCACCCGUCAACAUAGCCACCAUAAAAUACUGGGGCAAAAGAGACGAACAUUUGAUAUUGCCUCUGAACGAUUCAGUCAGUCUGACGUUAGACUGUGAUCAAAUGCAUGCUAAAACAUCAGUUAUUGCAGGACCUUUUAUAGAUGAAGACAGUGUUUGGCUUAAUGGGCAGAUUAUGUCCAUUGAAACAAACGAACGUCUGAAAAAGUGCUUUCAUUUAAUAAGAAAUUUAAUCAAAAUACGAAAAGGUGAAAAUAGUCAAGAAUCAAAAUGGAAUAUAAGGGUUUGUUCUGAAAAUAAUUUCCCUACUGCAGCAGGACUAGCUUCAUCAGCAGCUGGUUAUGCAUGUCUUGUAUACACAUUAGCUAAUGCUUUUGGCUUACUUGAUGAAGAUCUACCAUCUAUAGCAAGACAAGGUAGUGGAAGUGCAUGUAGAAGUAUUUAUGGAGGAUUUGUUCAUUGGAAGGGUGGUAUUGAUGAGCUUGGUUCAGAUUCUACUGCAAUUCAAAUUGCUGCAGAUACACAUUGGCCAGAAAUGAGAAUUAUCAUACUAGUGGUAAAUGAUUCUCAAAAAAAAACUAGUAGUACUGUGGGAAUGAAACAAGCAGUAGAAACAAGUGAAUUACUUAAAUAUAGAGUUCAAAAGUGUGUACCCGAAAGAACAAAAGGAAUCAUUCAAGCCAUUACAGAUAAAAAUUUUGAAAAAUUUGCUGAAAUUACAAUGCGAGAUAGUAAUCAAUUCCAUGCAGUUUGUUUAGAUACAUAUCCUCCUUGUGUUUAUUUAAAUCAAGUAUCACAUGAUAUUAUAUCUUUUGUUCAUGAUUAUAAUAAAGCUGUUGGCAAAAUUAAAGUUUCUUAUACAUUUGAUGCUGGUCCAAAUGCUUUUUUGUUUAUUCAGCAAAAUGAUCUGAAUUUGUUUAUGUCGGAAUUGGUAAAUGUUUUUCCAUCAGAACAACCUAAUUCUUCAUAUUUACGAGGAAUUGUGUCAACAUUACCUUAUGAAGUAAAACCAUUUGGAUUUAAACCCAAAGAUAAAGAUCUGUUAAAGUAUAUCAUGGUCACUAAAUUAGGUAGCGGUCCAAGAUGUGUCAAUGAUCAUUUAUUAAAUGAUGAUGGUACUCUUAAAUCGAAACAAUAAAAUUUUAAAUUAAUUAAAAAUUCAAGACAGUUUUUAGUUUAUUAACUUAUUGUUAUAUUUAUUUAAGGAAAUAUUUAUUGAUGUUGCCAAAUUUGUAACUAUAGUUUUAUCACAUAUAUAAUUUAAUGGUUUAUUUUUGAAUUGAAAUAUAUUUACAUUUAAAUGGGCAGUAACCCAAAAUAAAAGACAAUAGUUUAUAAUUUAGUUUAUUAUAAAUUCAUCUACUAUUAC